AUGAAUAUUUUAUUUGGUAUCAGUGGGAGUAUAGCGGCAAUUAAGACUAAUGAAAUUGUUGAGAAAUUAAAAGAAGAGUGUAAAUUAAAUAAUAUAACAAUCGAUAUUAGAUUUGUUUCAACAAAUAUUGCUUACGAAAAAUUUCUAACAGAUUUUAAUGAAAAGGUUUAUUUAGAUAAAGAUGAAUGGUUAUGGCAGAAGAGAGGAGACGAUAUUUUACAUAUAGAAUUAAGAAAAUGGGCUGAUAUAUUUAUCUUAUGUCCUUUAGAUGCUAAUACAUUGGGAAGUGUAGCAAAUGGCCUCUGUCCCAAUCUUUUAACUUGUAUUUGCCGAUGCUGGGAUUUUAAUAAAAUAUGCUUAGUAUUUCCAUGCAUGAAUACUUAUAUGUAUAAUCAUCCAAUAACAAAACAACAGCUAGAUAUAAUAUCUUCAUGGGGAAUGAAGGUUGUAAAUCCAAUUGAAAAGAUUUUAGCUUGUGGAGAAUAUGGUAUGGGAGCUUUACCACAUAUAGAAAAUGUCGUUUUUGAAAUUAUGAAAUAUUUACAAGAUAUGAAAUAA